AUGAGCUCUGAGAGAAUAGAUCUGUUUGUCGGUCCUGAAGAUUAUGCAGAUGAUAUUGCUGAUGAGGAAGCAACCAAAUUACCUUUUGAAUACUUGGGCUACAUAACGUUAAGUGAUAACCAAUCUACUGAAUUUAAAAGCCGAGAACUGAAAUCCAUCACAGUUCCACCUUUUAGUCCAACCUCGUAUGUGAAACUUCGGCUUUACCAGAAUCACAACAAUGAUUUAAAUCUUUUCAAUCAGGUGAGCAUAGUUGCAAUCCAAUUGAUCGGAGAUGAAGUAGGCAAGGGAGAAGAGAACAACAAUGGCCAUACAGAUCAUAAUCUGCUCCCAGGUGGUCAGGGAUCACUUUCCUCAGCAUGUGAUGACUUGGCCUUUGAGAUGUACGUGGACAAGGAUGUGGCUAGGAUCAUCCGACUACUAGAGCAGAGGAAACAUCAGGCUGUCCAAGAUGAAAGAUUCGAGUAUGCACGAAAACUGAAAUCAGCGAUGGUAGAGCUACGAGCAGCUGGAGAACGGCUUGGAAAAUUGGAAAUAGGGAAGAAACAAGCCAUUAUGCAUGAAGACUAUUCCAAAGCAAAGAAAAAGAAAGCUCAGAUGGACGAGUACAGAAAGGAAGUGUAUGCACUGCUGGAAGUAGAUGAUCUAUUAGAAGAAAAUGGACCUCUGGCAAAAAAUGAUGAGGAAUCGCCAGAUGCUGACAAUGGAACUAGCACGACCACACUGAGCGAGGAGUUGGCUGUGCCUGCAUACUCGGUGAAGCCACGAGUCCGAGCCCCGGUUAGCCUUGAGGCUACAUCUCCACCUCAGCGCCCUGUGCCAGACAACACAGUCUCUGCUGUUUCACCUGGCCUCUACCAGAGUCCGGUGUCACCCCUACACUACGCUGGUCGGGUCAGUCCAACUGGUGCUACACCAAAGGGCCAGGCGUAUGUUGCGACACCAGUGACAAUCAGAACAGGCACAGGAUCAUUGCGACGCAGAAACAAGUCUGCAGCACGAAACAGCUAUGAAGCUUAUGACGAGAGAACUGUUCCUGCCCAUAGAAACACUCACUCAGCCGAGCAACCAAGAGAGAACAAUGUAUCUUCAUCAGCUGUUGUGUCCAAACUGAACGAACGAGAAAGGAAACAAGCUGCUUUACCAAUAGCGGUUUUUGGAAUGGCCUUAGUGGAGAAGUUCUUCUCAAAGCAGUUCUCAGACAAGGAGGAGGGGCUGCGGUUACUACAGGCAGCACUAAGAGCCCAUGUUCGCAGUGAGUGUGUCAAACCACCAGAGAAUACAGAAACACACUCACCCAACAAAGUCGCACGAGCUGCUGUCUACUUGUUGCAUCGAGCUCUCAGGGAUAAGGUCUUCAUCGUCUACAGUACUGCUGCUGAGAUCAUCCGCUACUUCUUCAGUGAAUUUGUCGCUGGGAGGGUCUCGACAGCUGAAGUCUCUCGUAGCUUGGACAGACUACUACCGGAACUCCUAUCAAAAUCUGGUGAUACGACGCCUCGUAUACAUAACAUGGCAAUGCAUACAAUUCUCAGCUUAGCUGACUGCUCAGAUGUCAGAUCUUUAAAUAUCAUACCAGUUCACCUGACAAGAGUACUGACAUCAAGCACACAUCCUCGCUUGGCCCUCAGCAAGAUGGAGAUGGUGGAACAGCUCAUUCUGAACAAUGGCAUCUCCACUGACAAACAAAGUGGAAUGACCUGCAGAGUUCUAUCAGAACUGGGAGUGUCUGGGUUACACCAUCCUGCCGAGGCAGUACGCAAGGUAGCUGAGCGUAUUCUCAUCCAUGUGUACAAGGUCAAUUCACGCAUUGUGCGCAAACAGUUGCCACCUGAUGAUGAUAUUACACGUCGCAAUCUGCUCUAUCGCCAUCUUAUGCAGGAGUUUGAUAAGGUUGACCUUGAGAGAAAACCUAUUGAAACAUUUUCUAACAAGAACAAGUUAGUGAGGUCAGGCAGUGUGAGUAGUGCCAAUCCGGCUACGUCGUCUGUUCUAAGGCCGUCCACCAGUGCAUACACUCAUUCUGACAAUGCUGCCAACAUUGCCACCAACUCCUCAGAGAGCCACAGUGCAUCAUCAUCCUCGUCUGGAGGUAUCCUCUCCCCACCACCUGACCAGCCUCUUGACAAGCAAUGUAUCUUCUGCCUCGAGAGGUCAGAAUCGUUUACAGAGGAGGGUCUUAACAUCCACUACUGGAAAAGUUGUCCCAUGCUGAUGCGGUGCCAGCAUUGCCAAGAAGUGGUAGAGGUUGCAUCACUGAACCAACACCUCGCAGAUGAAUGUGAUCUGCGCAAGCUGUAUAAAAAGUGUGAUCUUUGCUCCGAUGUACAACAUGUUGACAGUUUUGAAGAACACCGAAAUUCUCCUUCUUGUUUACAGGGCAGAGUUCUAAGGUGCUCAUUGUGUCGGACUGUGGUGGGAGCAGGUGAGGACUGGUGGCGGGAACACUUGAAUGGAGCCCAUCUCUGCCCCAAACAUCCAAGACGCAAGUUCGUCAAAACCAAACUAACACGUUCUAAAACUCCAGAUUUGCCUCAGACGUCCUCAUCAAUGUACAACUUCCGCUGAGCAAAAUGCCAAUCAAGAAAAGGAAUGCCUAAGCUUAGCAAUCGUCUCCUAGAUUUUGUUACUGCUCAAUAGUUAUUGUUCUUAUUCUAGCUACUGCACAUAGCGCUUUUUAAAUUGCCAAAGCCUUUUUAUACAACAAAGGCAAAUCUAUGUAAAAUCAAAAUCUGUUCCAAAAAAUAUAAUAAUAAAGCAUGGUUUAUGUACACUUAUAAAAUAACUUUAGGUAAUAAAAAGUAAAUACAAAUCCGCCCAUUUCAUAUAAGAUGUUCAAAUAAAUAACCAAUAGGUAUUUAGUAGGAAAUAAUAAAAUGAAUACAUGCUAUAACAUAAAAUUAUAAUUUCUAUUUUAUUAAACCUAGUAUAAGCAACUUUUGUUUGGCUGAGACAAAGCUUGGAUAUAAAAUUCAAAACUAUGAAAACUUUUUAGAUAUAAACAUUAUUUAUACAUACUACAACCUUAACAUUAAAUAAGCACAACUAAUACAUAAAAAUGAUUAAUUAAUCUUAGCCCAAAAAUUUAAGUAUAAAAAGAUGUAAAAUUAUAUAGCGCUCACAAGAUCAACAUAUCUUCAAUCAAUCAGUAACUUUGUAUGAAAUCAAUAAUAUUGGACUAAAUUUAUUUGUAGUUUUAUAACUUUCAAAUAUUUUUUAUCUCUUAUCCCUUUAUUUCUCUUUUAGGUUUCUUUGUAAUAUGUUUAUACAUUUAUAAAGACACAUUCAAGCAUCCAAUUUCAAACAUAUGAAUUUGAAGUCGCACUAAGACUUUAAAAUCUGUGCAUAUCGUUUUAACAAGAUUUAAAAUUGAAACUAGUACCUUGUUAAGAUUAAGAAAUGAAGUCAUGCUGUGAUUACACUGUAAGGAAUCUAUUUUACAAAAUCUAUUUUAAAGAAAUUAAAUUUAUACAGUAACUAAUAAUUAAAAUGUUAACAGUAAAAUAAAAAUGCAAUGAUUGCAUUUUGUUAUAGAACUCUUAAUCUCUUUAGUAUGUAUUUUAAUUGUUGAAAAAAGUACUAUUUUACACCAGUUAAUUUAUUUACUAUCAAGAAAAUUACUGUACAUUAUUGAACAAAGUUUAUAAGAAAAACCUGUAAAAACAAAUUUCCUAACUGAACAGUUUUUGUAUAUUGAAUAAGUUCUUUACAGUGUAAGCCAGAAAUUUCAAACCAUGCUUUUAGAACCUGCCUUGAAUCUGCUUACUACGAUUGCACAAAUUACGAGCAUUGCACAAUUCUCAAGACUACAUUCAUUUAGAAUUAGCAAGUUAUUUUUGAUGUUGUGUGUAGAGAACGAGUUAUACGAUAAGAAAUUCCUCAGAUUGUUUCUAAUUAUAUUUUCAAUAUUGGUGUUGUGUGUUUCUAUAUUUAAAAGUACCUUCAAUGAAGUAUUAUUGUAAAGAUUGAUGAUUUUCCCUGUAAUUAGGUUUAGAUGUUACUUAUUGAUAUACAUACAGAAUGUGAGAAUGUUCUAAAAGUGUUUGAUUGGCUCAGUGAAAUCCGUUUAAUAUAUUCAAACAUUAAAGAGUGAAUUCAUGCACUUCCACUCAGGACUUUAAGAACUCGUGUCUUCAUAUAAUGCAAUGAGUAUAUUAUUUACUCAAGAGACCAUUUGAAGAGUUUGUGAAUAAUCUUAAUUUUAAGCAUAAAGCAAUUACCACAACUAAUUUCUAUUAUCAAUCAUUUUAUUUUAAAAGUGUUCAUGAAUUCUUGUUAACUGUAGUUUGUAGAACCGAAGUUGUUUCUCAUCCAGUAAUUUCUUGUGUUUGAGAAAAUCAUGAGAAACAAACAUUCACAAAGAAAUGUUACACUUCUCUUAGUUUAGGCUUGCAGUAAUCAUCGCAGCCUUGUUCAAUUAAACUGUGUAAAAAAUUGAACGUUUUAUUAUUAUUCAAUAGUGGUUUACAAAAUUACACACCCAAUAAAAUAACUUUAAAAGCUCCUUAAUGUUAAGCUCCAGUGCACAAUUUUUAUAACAACCCAGUUCGUCAUUCUUCGGUAAUCCCUAGGUAAAAGUCACUGGUAUUCAUCAGACACAGAGACAAAUUUCAUCUGGUACCCAAAGGGUUGAAUAAAAAUAUAAAGUGAAUUGUUUACUUUUGUCAGUAUAAAUAACUUUUUAUAAGAAACAUCUUGAUUUUAUAACUUUGACAAAAUGAAAUGUACUGUGGAAAUGGUGAAAAAUGCCUUUUUCAAGAUUAGAGGCACAUGGAUGGUACAGCACCGUGACUAUUCUAUUCACUCAACCAACUCUGGUGUUCUCUUAGUACGGUUGCUGGUUAGAUAAUCUUACAAAAACAAAGUCUUCAAGUAAAAAUGUUAUUUGUAACUUGGUCAUUGAGAAUGUUUUCCUCAACAUAAAAACAUAACAAUUUUUGCAUAGUAUAACAACCAAAAUGUAUCUGUUAAAAAUAAUAAAAAGUUAAUACAUCUUAUAUUUUAAUUGGUAAGAUUCUUUAUUUAUAUCUAUCGCUAAAAUGUCAUUCAACACUCAAAAACAUAUUCCAAUAUGUAAAGAGUGAAGUCAAGUCAAGAGAACAUGUUUUCUCGAGUGCUGGGAUCUGAGAGGGAUCGAUUUAGAUAUUCCUUGCAAGGUGGAAUCAUCCAUUUCUAUUCCAUCCUAGCACAAAAGAUUAUUCCCCUAAAGAUAAAAAACUUCAAAUUGUAUCAGUGAUCACAUUUUAAGGCCCUGUGUGGAUAUGCAGUUUCACCUUUUAAAAUUAGGCCAAAUUAUUAAGCCAUCUUGAGAAUGUUCUCACCUCUUGUCCGUUAAACUACUAUGUCACAUUCUGUGAACAAGUUCAAAGUCCUGAUUAAAAUUUUGAGCUUGUACUUCAAAGACUCUUAAAUUAAGGAUAAAUCCGACAUAGAACAAUUUAGAUUUACUAAGUCAAUUAAUUCUCAACUGUUAUAUAGUGUAAAAUAUAAAACUUUUGUGAUAAUUGUAUUUAUUGUUUUUACGUGUAUGUGUUAUUUAGAAUUUUUACUAUGUUGAAUUGUUGUGUUUCAAUCUCUAAUUGUUUAAUGUGUUAUUUUUUAAAUAUUUUAUAUUAUUAUAUGUUAAAAUAUUGGUUAAUUUAUUUGUUAUUAAUUUUAAAUCAAACUAAAUAAAUUAUUUUGAAAUUCCAA